CAGAAGUAUCAGCGUCAUCUUCUGCAUCGUCGUCGUCUGCAUCACCUGUGUCAGAACCCACAUCCAUUGGUAACCAUGGGUGUGAUCCUGGAGAUGAUGACCCUAAUAUGGACGUUGCUGGAGGCGCAUGCAACAACUCCAACUCUGAAGGCUGUGCUGUUUCUGAUGAGCAAUACACAAUCGAAGCUGGAGGACGUCGAUGGAGUUUUCGGGACAUUAUUAUCACAGAUCCUGAGUUGUUUAAUUCAAUACAAACACGCUUCGCAAAACUGUUUGUUUGGUUUGAAUUCCUUAUGCGAAUAUGUUAAGUCAGUCAAAGGCGGUACUUCACAGAUAUCAUUGUCACCUGAUCACAGGAAGAAGUUGACACUAUGUGUAGAAGACUUGAUUGCGUUGCACAAAGACACCCUGGUGAAAUUAUCAUGUAUCGACAACAUGGGGAGCACAUCCACGUCAUCCACGACUGCGUAUACUUAUCCCGACGAUGUCGAUGCCGGCUCAGAUUUGAUCCAGUUAUUUCCCCCUGCCUCAAGAAGUCUCAAAGACGAACAAGGGCCAUCACAGUCAUCUCUGACAUCGACUGGCUCAAUGUUCUGUUAUACUUCUUCGUGUCGAAGGGGCCAGGCAGGGGAAAAGUAUGGCUUAGAGGAGCCGAUCGGCGACUUACUGGUGUCUCUGAAAUUAUACAAUGGCAAAAUAGUGUCGCAGGAUCCCUCGCAAUAUUGGAAGGGCAGGGAGGUGGACAUGCUUCUGAAUGUGAACAAGAACACAAAAAUAAUGCAGUUAGUAAACACCCUCAUUCGCGAAGGCAACGAAUCCCUACAGGGAAGUGGUGCGGUCCUUCGAUCGCAGCGAAAAAGAUACUUUCCCUACUAAUGUCAUCUAAUUGUAUUCCUCCAGAGAAUAUAACAAAUGUUAUUCCAAUAUGUCAUCCAUUUUACAUGCAUCUAAUUGACCCUAAAUUUAAACGCUAUUUUGAAAUGGGCUUACAGCUAUAUAAAAAGACUGUGAAUGACCUAGACCUGAAAGGAUUAGAAAAGAUUUUAUGUUCCGGAUCUGAAAACGAUGUUUUUUAUGCCAAUUGUGAUACUACAUGGGACUAUUAUAACACAUUAGGUGAUUCUGUAGCAUGGCUCAAUAGGUUACUAUUGUUUCAAUCAGGAGGGGAUACGGAUAAAGCUCCUGAGUUUCUAACAAAUAUUGUGUCCUGGUUUAAGAAAAAAGGACUAUAUCAAUGGACUGAGAUUGAUAAUAAUGAAGUUUAUAUUCCAAAUAAGAAACCAAAUACCUUGUGUGUAGUUGGUACUCCUAACUCAGGUAAAAACUGGUUCUUUGAUUGUAUAAUAUCAUUAGCAUUAAAUGUAGGCCAUAUAGGCCGAUGUAAUAACAAAACGAAUCAGUUUGCUAUGCAAGAUGUAGUAGAUAGAAGAAUUGUUGUCGGUAAAGAGAUAUCCAUUGAGGAUGGUGCUCUGGAGGAUUUCAAAAAGGUUUGUGAAGGUAUUGCAUGUAACAUACGAGUGAAAUAUAAAGGUGAUGCCAUUUUGCGGAGGACGCCAGUUUUCCUGAUUAGUAACAGCCAGCUUAUUGUUUGUUCCCAUCCACACUUUAAAGACAUAAGAGCGAAAACCAUUCGAUGGUCAAAAUAUGAUGAGUUAAAAAAUGCUGCUAAAAAACCUUAUCCUCUAGCAUUUCUUGAGGUAUUACAAAUGUAUGAUGUGUCAUAUUAAGGUGAAUAAAUUGUAACACCAAAUAAAAG